GUUCCCCCUGUGAGAGCCGAAGCCCUCCGCUCUGCAUUCCGCCGGAGCUCAGAGGCGAACACCGGCUGCAGCCCCAGUCCCGGGCCGAGACUUGCUGUAGAAAGUGGAGGAAAAAGUUGCUCCGCGCGUGUUUCCCCGACAGUUUCUCCUUCCUCGAUGUUUUUUUGUUCAGCUCGAACCGGAGCUCUGCUUUGUGGAAUGAUUUACGUUUCGUCUGAGAGCUGCGAGAGAAGGUGGUUUAUGUCUGUUUAAGGUACCAGCCUUACUGAAUCCCAACGCUGUAACUCCAGACUGUUGGUGCACCAUGGUGAUCAUGUCAGAGACCAGCCGGGGGGCUCAGUCCAGCCCUGCCCAGGGGAGGCCGCUGCAGGUCGGCUUCUACGAGAUCAUCCGCACCCUGGGGAAAGGAAACUUUGCAGUGGUGAAACUGGCCAAACACAAAGUCACCAAAACACAGGUGGCUAUUAAGAUUAUCGAUAAGACCAGGCUGAAUCCGUCCAACCUGGAGAAGAUUUACAGAGAAGUGCAGAUAAUGAAGCUGCUAAACCACCCUCAUAUCAUCAAGCUCUACCAGGUCAUGGAGACCAAAGACAUGCUGUACAUUGUGACUGAGUACGCAAAGAACGGAGAGAUGUUUGACCACCUGACCUCAAACGGCCGCAUGAGUGAAGAUGAAGCCCGAAAGAAGUUCUGGCAGAUUCUGACAGCGGUGGACUACUGCCAUCGACAUCACAUCGUUCACCGCGACCUAAAAACUGAGAACCUGCUGCUGGAUGCCAACAUGAAUAUCAAACUAGCCGACUUCGGAUUUGGAAACUUCUACAAUGCAGGAGAGCCUCUGUCUACGUGGUGCGGCAGCCCGCCUUACGCUGCCCCUGAAGUGUUUGAAGGCAAAGAGUAUGAAGGGCCUCAGCUGGACAUUUGGAGCCUUGGAGUUGUGCUUUAUGUUCUCGUCUGUGGCUCUCUUCCAUUCGACGGACCCAGCCUUCCUGCGCUCAGACAGAGAGUCACCGAGGGACGAUUCAGAAUCCCUUUCUUCAUGUCCCAAGACUGUGAAAAUCUGAUCCGCAAGAUGCUGGUGGUGGAUCCGGCCAAGAGGAUCAGCGUGGCCCAGAUCAAGCAGCACCGCUGGAUGCUGGUGGACCCAACGGCUGCUCACCAGACCCUCAGUCAUUCCCUCACAGAGUACAACUCCAACCUGGGCGACUACAGCGAGCCUGUGCUCAACAUCAUGAACACGCUGGGCAUCGACCGCCAGAGAACUAUCGAGUCCCUGCAGAGCAGCAGCUACAAUCACUUCUCUGCCAUCUACUACCUGCUGCUGGAGAGAGUUCGAGAGCAUCGUACACAGCAGCUGAGCCGCCAGUGUGGAACCUGGAGCCAGAGACCCAGGAGCACCUCGGACUCCCCCAGCCCAGAGGUGAUCAUGGAGUCCACCGACAGUUUCAGAUCGACAGCAUUUUCACUUCCAGCUAAAAACACUCCUCCUGUGUACUCGGAGGUGGAGUGUGACCAAGGCGGAUUGUUCCAGCGUGUGGUGUUUCCAGUGGAGGCCAGCCUGAACAGAUUGCUCUGGAAUCGCUCCAUUUCACCCAACAGCCUGCUGGAGACGAGCAUCAGCGAGGAGGUUCGACCCAGAGACCUGGAGGAGGAGGAGGCCACGCAGACUCUGGGGCCUCUGCUUCCUCCCACCACAACUUCCCGUAGACACACUCUGGCUGAGGUCUCUGCCCGUUUCCACCAGUGCAACCCUCCAUGUAUUGUAGUCAGUCCCUCUGAUGGUGCCUCAUCUGACAGCUGUCUGAAGUCCUCAUCCAGUCCCGCCCCCACUUUGCAAGCUGCUGUGGGUGAGAUGUCAACACUUCUGGCCUCGGGGGCUGAAGGUGGAGCUUUGCUGCCUGCUGGAGCUCCCCUGGCUCUCUCCUCCCACCUCCUGCCCCAGGCCCAGGGCAGCCUGCCCGCCGCCAGCUUCCAGGAGGGUCGCAGAGCCUCAGACACGUCCCUCACACAAGGCCUCAAAGCUUUCCGGCAGCAGCUGAGGAAAAACACUCGCACUAAAGGGCUUCUGGGAUUAAAUAAGAUCAAGGGUCUGACGAGGCAGGUCGUUCCACCGCCCUCCUGCAACCGCGGCAGCCGAGGGUCACUGGGUCCAGCCCUCUCCGAGCACCGCAGCAUGUUGGAGGAGGUGCUCCACCAGCAGAGGAUGCUGCAGAUUCAGCACCAGCCGCAGCCUCAGGUCCAAGCCGCUCAGACGGGACCUACCCAGAAUCCUCUGCUCUUCCUGGCCCAGCAGCAGUCCCCCUCCCCUCCACCUGCCACAGUGUUUGCUUCCUCCUCCAUGUUCGAUGCCCCCACCCAACCCGCCCUGCCUCCCCCCCAGCCAGCCUCGGUGGGCCUGCAGCACGGCCCCUGGCAACAAACCCCGGACAGCUCCUGCUCUUCCUCCGGCUGCUCCUCGUCCUGCUACUGCUCCUCUCUUUCCCCGGUGGCCUCGGCCGCCUACCUGCUUGAGGAGCGUCUGCACAUCAGCCAGCAGCCUCAUCCUUAUCCCGGCCUCCAGCAGCAGCAGCAGCAGCAGCCGCAGCCGCAGUCCGCAACACAAGGCGGCUUCCCCAUCCUGGCCAAACCGGCGGUGUGGAGCAUGAGCUCGGCCUCCGGCGCCGACGCCAACAUGCAGGAGUUGUGUCUGGCUGGACAGCAGCAGCUCAGCAGCUGCGUGAUGGUGAAGUAAAUCGUCAGAUUGUUCUCUCAGUGGAGGAAAAAAGACUUUGAGCCCAGAAGAAAAAAGAGAGCAGAAGUGAGGAACAAAAAGCAGAUGCAAGCAACAAAUUUACACGUUAACAACACACAUGUAAGAAUGUGUCCGCACAUGUUGUGUCUGUUUGUGUGUUUGAUAUCAUAUAAGCUAAAGAAAAAGCAAUAACCAAACUCUGGAUGAGGCGUUAAAUCAGACAGCCAGAGAAGCAAUAAUGGACUGAAAGACUCUCCUCCAGCUCUCUGACAGACUCGACUUGAAUGAAGAGAGAGCCGACAUCAGCCGAGACACUUAUUUCUCACACGUUUUGAUGCUGUCGAAGUUUUUCUUUUUUUUUUUGGAAACAUGAAGUCUCCCUCUUCCGCUUUUCUAGUCAUGUAAAUUCUCGAUGUUUUUCACUUGCCUGGACAGAAGACCAAAAUUCGUUCUUUUUUUUUUUUUUUGCAUUUUCCCCGACUUUGUUCGCCUUUUUCUAAAGAGACAUUUCUCUGUAGCAGUGCAAUGAACAUUCAGUAUAGUGCCCUAAGCUUACAACUGUUCACUGAAGGAGUUGAUUUGUAUUGAAACUGUGAUAUAUUUGUUUUUUUUUUUCCUGUGCAAGAUUAUGUUAGCAAAUGCUGCUUUUACCUCCAACUGCAAAAAGAUUGCUACAUCCUCUUCAGCCAAAACUGAACGAAGAUGGUGUAAAGCACAACAGGUACGUCGGUCAGCUGGGUAGCACCUUACACAUGUGGACGCAUCGAUCCGUGUUCCCUUCGUCUGAUGAGCACCUUCUCGUUAGGUGCUUUUACUACCUCCUCAGGCAACAAUUUGGAAACUUCAUAAAACCUAUCAUCGGUCCAGAUCAGAGGAAAGAGUUGUUUUUUUCCCUCCAUACGGACAGAACAAAGACUGGGAGCAGUGCAAUAUUUUACAUGGAAAGAUGAGGCUUUACAUAGGACGGUCAAAAUUACAUGCAUAUUUGCCUGAGGUUUAUGUGGUUUGUCUGUGUUUGACCUUGCUGUGCUAGCUAGCUGACUCGAAAAAGGUACUUGUUAUGUAAGAUGAUAACAUGAUACUGUAGUGGUUCAGAGGAAAGACUCCAGGCAUUUCAAAAUGCUGUUUUCUUCCCACUGCGCGUUUGCGGUCCUUUAGCCGAAAAGGAAGAAAUUUGGGUUUUACCAAAGAGCCAACAGCACAGAUUUGGUGAUCUAUCAAAGACACACUACUGACUUUUUCCACUUCGAAUGCUGUCUCCAGAUGUAGCAUGGUGGUUAGUUGCCAUUUUCACAAGAUCUCCCGAGCUUCUGCUGUGAGAAGAGUCCCCGCUGCCACCAAAUCCCAAUGCUACGCGUAUUGUCGAUAUCUCUAGCUGUUACUAUCAGGACCAUGGCGGUAUUUGUUUUUUGUACUUUUCUAGAAAAGAACAACAAAAAAAAGAAAGAAAAAAAAAGUCACAACAUAGCAAUACCAUAUUGUGCAGGAAGUUGAACUUUCUUCUGUUGCCCAUAAGCGGCUAGAAAUACGUAGGAAUGACCUGCAACGACCUGAUUUAUACGUGCAGGUGAUGAUGUGUUAGAAAAGCUGCAGGAGAUGUGUAAUAUUUAGUUCUCUCAUAUCUGUGAAGCAUCUUGUAGGGGAGCAGUGUUUUUUCCGAGCCCAGUUCUACUUUGGUAACAUGCAGUGUUGAUACUUCUGCCCAACUAUGUUUUGGUUGAUUGCACUCACUACCAACACUUGUGCCUUUAUCUGAACAAACAGUCGGUCGGAGUUUUUCCGUCUCCUACACUGAAGAAAGAACGGCUCCGUUGGCGGCCGUCCGCUCAGACGCCCCUUUGAUAUUUUCUUUUAACUUGCUGUUUAAACAGAAGCAAGAUUUGCACUUUAUUCACAUUUCUUAUUGCCGAUUUUUGUUUUGUUUCUCAUGAUGAAAACAAAAUCACAAAACUAUUGAAACACUAAGACUCUUGAUGCAAAUCUGUAAGAUGACCCUUUUGAUAAUCUUUGGAUAAUAAGAAGUAUGUCAUGCUUUUUUUUCUGAUUUGUUACUUGACUGUGUGAGCAUGAGCACGUAUUAGUGCCAGAGUGUGAGUGUGUGUGAGUGUGUGUGUGUGUGUGUGGAGGAAGGAAAGAAAGAGGAAGGGAAGGAGAAAGAAUGUUAGUUCGAGAAAGAUUGUUUAUUUAUGUGGCUAUUUAUUUAAAUAAAGUUCACUUCCUAAACUGUC